AGUGUGCACGGCCCUCAGAGCUCCCCUCGGCGCACAGGGGCGCGGGUACUGACCGCGGGGCCCUCGAGCCGGCCCGGGCUCCGGGCGGCUCCGGGCUCGGGACCAUGGCGCUGCGCGCCCGGGCGCUCUACGACUUCAGGUCGGAGAACCCCGGCGAGAUUUCUCUGCGGGAGCACGAGGUGUUGAGCCUGUGCAGCGAGCAGGACAUCGAGGGCUGGCUCGAAGGGAUCAACAGCCGCGGCGAUCGCGGCCUCUUCCCGGCCUCGUACGUGCAGGUGAUCCGCACGCCCGAGCCCGGCCCUCCGGCCGACGGCGGCCCUGGAGUCCCGGCCCGCUACGCCAACGUGCCACCCGGUGGCUUCGAGCCUCUGCCCGCCGCUCCGCCCGCCGCCUUCCAGCCGCUGCUGCAGCCGCAGGCGCCGCCGAGUUCCUUCCAGCCGUCGGGCGCCGGCUUCCCUUACGGCGGGGGCGCCCUGCAGCCGUCGCCGCAGCAGCUGUACGGCGGCGGCUACCAGGCCAGCCAGGGCAGCGACGAUGACUGGGACGACGAGUGGGACGAUAGCUCCACGGUGGCCGACGAGCCGGGCGCGCUGGGCAGCGGCGCCUACCCCGACCUCGACGGCUCGUCCUCGGCUGGCGGCGGCGCGGCUGGUCGCUACCGCCUGUCCACACGCUCCGAUCUGUCGCUGGGCUCGCGCGGUGGCUCGGCGCCGCCGCAGCAUCAAGCGUCGGGAGCCAAGAGCUCGGCCACGGUGAGCCGCAACCUCAAUCGCUUCUCCACCUUCGUCAAGUCGGGCGGGGAGGCCUUCGUGCUGGGCGAGGCGUCGGGCUUCGUGAAGGAUGGGGACAAGCUGUGCGUGGUGCUGGGGCCCUAUGGCCCCGAGUGGCAGGAGAACCCCUACCCUUUCCAGUGCACCAUCGACGACCCCACCAAGCAGACCAAGUUCAAGGGCAUGAAGAGCUACAUCUCUUACAAGCUGGUGCCCACGCACACCCAGGUGCCCGUGCACAGGCGCUAUAAGCACUUCGACUGGCUGUACGCGCGCCUGGCCGAGAAGUUCCCCGUCAUCUCGGUGCCCCACCUGCCCGAGAAGCAGGCUACCGGGCGCUUCGAGGAGGACUUCAUCUCCAAGCGCAGGAAGGGCCUGAUCUGGUGGAUGAAUCACAUGGCCAGCCACCCAGUGCUGGCGCAGUGCGACGUCUUCCAGCAUUUCCUGACCUGCCCCAGCAGCACGGACGAGAAGGCCUGGAAACAGGGUAAGCGAAAGGCUGAGAAGGAUGAGAUGGUGGGCGCUAACUUCUUCCUCACUCUGAGCACACCCCCUGCCGCCGCCCUGGACCUGCAGGAGGUGGAGAGCAAGAUUGAUGGCUUCAAGUGCUUCACCAAGAAGAUGGACGACAGCGCGCUGCAGCUCAACCACACUGCCAACGAGUUUGCGCGCAAGCAGGUGACUGGCUUCAAGAAGGAGUAUCAGAAGGUGGGCCAGUCCUUCCGAGGCCUCAGCCAAGCCUUUGAGCUGGAUCAGCAGGCCUUCUCGGUGGGUCUGAACCAGGCCAUCGCCUUCACCGGAGAUGCCUACGACGCCAUAGGCGAACUCUUCGCUGAGCAGCCCAGGCAGGACCUGGACCCAGUCAUGGACCUGUUAGCACUGUAUCAGGGGCACCUGGCCAACUUCCCAGACAUCAUCCAUGUUCAGAAAGGAGCUCUUACCAAAGUGAAGGAGAGUAGGCGACAUGUGGAAGAGGGCAAGAUGGAAGUCCAAAAAGCUGACGGCAUCCAAGACCGCUGUAACACGAUUUCUUUCGCCACGUUGGCCGAGAUUCAUCACUUCCAUCAGAUUCGAGUGAGAGACUUUAAAUCACAGAUGCAGCAUUUUUUACAACAACAAAUAAUAUUUUUCCAAAAAGUGACCCAGAAGUUGGAAGAAGCUCUUCACAAAUACGACAGCGUCUAGAGGCUGGACACAGGACUUUGCCCUUGUUUCCAGUCCAAGGAUAGUUUCUGCAGCGGAAUCAAAAGAGCUAUUGCCAACUCUAGGUGGUGGUACAAGGAUGGAUUUGUGUUCCACUGAAACCCAGCUGGAUAUAUAAUUACGUAGGAAAGAAACAGUUAAUAUGGCUAUGUAGCAGAAACAGUACCACACUUUGUAACUAAAUUAUACUAUGUAUGCCUACACUACCAUUAUAACUUUUGGAUAAUGAUUA